GGAUGGGCAAUAAAUGCUGGCCUGGCCAGCGAUGCCCUUGUGACUGAAUAAUUUUAAAAAUCCAGUCCUAUCUGAGGGACAUAUCCCAUUUUAUGAGAGCUAAUUGGAUGGCCGGCAGCUGUGGUCUCACUCGCGCCGGUCAAGUGCGUUGGCUAGUUUCUGGUGCUACAAGAUGGGGCUGAAUGGCCUACUCCUGUUCCUAUUAUCUGUGGAUACAUGGCUGUUUGCGCAGCUUGCUGCCCAUAAAUUGGCUCCACCACCCCCCGCCCAAAUACAUUUCAAACGUACUCUGUUCGCUUUGGGGUAUCGGAAGGGCAGUGUGGUUGAAAGGCGCUAUGCAAAUGCAAGUCUUCGUUUUGAGUUCAUUGCUCUUUGCUGCCCUUUCUCCCGGUUGUGUUCAGUGCGGGGUACAAGGGGAGACUUAAAACCGGCGAGAUAAGAUGCCUUCCAGGUUGUUGAGAGCUGGAGGGACUGGCGAUCUCUCAGUUGUUGCUGCAAAUGAAGAUGGGAGGUGGGCCGGCGCUGAUCCCCAGGAGAUGAGGGACUGGAAAUAUCCGAGGUCAUUCUUUCUCGCUGGCGAACCCCUCUCUCCCGCUGCAAGUCUUCCCCGGGGAGGGAAACCAGUUAUUGAUGCAACUGUUUACAAUCUCCGGGCAUUUCGCUCAACCGGUUUCCUGAGUUGUGCUGCUGUGGAUCAGCCUGUGACAAGUUUCACUGCUGUGUCUCAAUCCGUCCCGAAGACUGCUUUCGCCCAGUUUAAUUAAUCUCGGAGCAGUCCGGUGGCUGGUGGUCAGUUUCACCAGGCUGAAACGGUGCCAAGGAGUCCGAGGCUUUGCUUUGCUUCCAGGGGUGGGGGGGAAGAAACUUUGUCAAAUCCUCGACCCGAGGACUCUCCGCGCAUUUCGCUUCCUGAGCCCCGGAGACUGGAGCUCCUGGUCAAUUCUUCCUACGCUUCCCCCCCCCCCCCCUUGUCACUCAGUCAGUCUUUACUAGGUUAACCUUGUCUUACGAAGAGUGGGGACGGAGAGAGAGAGAUGAAAGAGUGAGACUUGGACGAGUUCAAGAAACCAGAUUCCAACAAUCCUCGCACCUCCUCUCACUGAGAGGGGGGGGGGGGGAAGGACCGAAUUCGCCAACAAAACCGCCCAGCAAACACCUCCGGACCAAUUCACGAGAACCCGAGGCUGCAACAUUUGACAUUUUCCGGCGGCGCGCUUUGCCGCAGUCUUUCUGAAAACAAAUGUCCAAACCCAUGAAUUGUGGAGAAUACUUUCCGAUCAUCCUGGCCUUUGCCCUGCUGUCACCGAUGUGCCCCUCGCCUGUCUGGGAUGCUGAACUGGAAAGAGAAGCGUGUCCUGACAAUCAUGUGAUCACCCUGCAGUAUCAGUGCAGGAAGACUACUGGCGAAAUGUCCACGUGCUUACGGAAGAAAUGUUGCAAGGGUUACAGAUUUGUCCUUGGUCGAUGCAUUCCUGAAGAUACUGAUGUCUGUGCUGGCUCACCUUGUGAACAGCAAUGCACUGAUAAUUUUGGACGAGUUGUGUGUACAUGUUACCCCGGAUAUCACUUUGACCGAGAGCGACACAGAAAUCAUCAGACACCCUACUGUUUAGACAUAGAUGAAUGUUUAGUCAAUAACGACACAUUAUGCGAUCACAAAUGCAUUAACACGCUCGGAAGCUUCAUUUGUGAGUGUCAAGAAGGAUUUUACUUGAGUUCCGAUGGCAAGUCCUGUCUCAGAUCUUUUAAUGACAGCAGUGCGAUUAAAUCCGAUCACCUGAUGAGUGCUGGCACUUGUUCGGUCACUUGUGAAGAGUUUCUGCAGAUGAAGCAGACUUUGGCACAGUUCAAGCAGAAGCUCCUGUUCACAAAUCUGGAUAACUCCAGUGAAAAGACACAGCUGGGGAGGAAAUGCUCAGAAACAUUGCAAUGCCCUCCACACCUGCCUGGCCUUCCUGGACCACCUGGUCCACCAGGAAAUCCAGGCCCAAAAGGCAGCAUUGGACUGAUGGGACCUCCAGGACCAUCUGGUGCACGUGGACCCAGAGGUGACAUGGGCCCCAUGGGUCCCAUCCCUGAUCUAUCCCACUUCAAGAGGGGAAGGCGAGGUCCAGUGGGCGCACCUGGAACACCAGGAAAGAAUGGAUUGAAGGGUGAAAGAGGUCAUCCCGGACCACGCGGACUACCAGGCCCUCCUGGAUCAUUUGACUUCCUCUUACUGAUGAUGGCUGAUAUCAGGCAUGACAUAAUUGAACUGCAGGAGCGGGUGUUUGGUGAACGACGAGGCAUUACCCUCGACACACUGCCCCUGGAUGCACAAGAGACAGGUUCUGGGCAAGAGAAGGUGGUCCCUACACAACCUGGCAGUCACAGCAGUUUUCCGACUUUGGAUUGUAAUUGUUUCCAUCGAUUGAAGAGAAAAGAACUGGAACAAGGAAGUAGCAAUGGGAAAACUUUGCCGGCCAAUUGUCUUUCCUACAAUUAAGCAUGUUUCAGUUAUUUCACCAGCCUAUCCAAUAAUAAAAAUCCCUGAUUAGGCAGGAAUGGGAUGUUACAUUGUGUCAGACAAGGCAAUACUGGAUUCAGCUCUGCUGUGAUCAAAGAGUGUGGUGCUGGAAAAGCGCAGCCGGUCAGGCA